UCUCUGGACUAUAAGCGACCUUGGGGUUCCCAGAAGUGUGAGGCAGAGUGACUCACCUCCUGCCAGCAUAGAGUGGACUCUGACCCCAAGGGACAGGAGCAAACCAGGCAGGGCCUCUUCAGCCCAACUCAGGAUCUCUGUUCACUGUGACAGAGCCAGGGGCAGAGAAACAUGGAGUCCAAUGCAGUCCAGCUGAUGAGGAUGAACUAUGCCAUGAAGUCCCUCAGCCUUCUCUACCCCAGGUCCCCAGGCAGGCACAUGGCAGUGAGCACCCAGGCAGUGGUGACCCAGCAGCUGGUGUCCGAGGCCGUUCCAGAGACCCCCAGGGCCCGGCCCUGGCGAGUGAGCACUGCAGAUCGGAGUGUGCGCAAGGGCAUCAUGGCAUGCAGCCUACAGGAUCUCCUCCACAAGGUCCGGGACAUCCUGAUGCUAAAAGACAAGCCCUUCUCCCUGGUGCUGGAAGAAGACGGCACAGCUGUAGAGACAGAGGGAUAUUUCCAAGCCCUGGCAGGGAAUACGGUAUUCAUGGUCCUCCAGAAGGGGCAGAAAUGGCAGCCCCCAUCAGAACAGGGGACUAGGUACCAACUCUCCCUCUCUGACAAGCCCUCCAAGAAGAUUGAUGUGGCCCGCAUAACCUUUGACCUGUACAAACUGAGCCCAAAGGACUUCAUUGGCUGUCUGAAUGUGAAGGCGACCCUCUACAACACGUACUCCCUGUCCUAUGACCUGCACUGCUACAGGGCCAAGCGCAUUGUAAAGGAAGUGCUCUGCUGGGUCCUCUUCGGCAUGCGGGCCACAGGCCACAUGUUGCUCGGCACCUCCUGCUACAUGCAGCAGCUCCUGGAUGCCACUGAGGAGGGGCAGCCCGCCCAGGCCCAGGCCUCCUCCCUCCUCCAGACCUGCCUGAAGAUUCUGCCGUGAAGCCCAGAGGCUUUGAGGGCUUCCCCAGCCACAGAUGAGACUGGAGCCUAUGCACAAGCCUCACCUCCCCAAGCCUCCCUCACAGCACAGGAGCACAAACUAGGUGGAAAGAAGGCCUGGAAGCUACCCUGCCCUGCCAUGCAAGAGGCUCAGUUGCCUGGCCUGAGCUGCUCCUUCAUGCCCCAGGAAGCUUAGCUGACCACAACAGUGACCCAGCAGAUGGCUUGAAGCCAUGUGUCCUGACACUGCACCCCUCCCUCCUUCUGCCACCCAUCCCAGAAUACUCCUAUGUGAAUCAUCAAGCCCACUAAUGCUCCAUAUCUGAGUUUGCAAUACACUAUUUAUGUGACACA